AUGUUCUAUCGUGGAUAUGGGUUCGAAACAAGUCUCCCGGUUAUUAUUGUAUACUCAGUUGUGUCUCUAUUCACAAUUUCCGUGAACCUUCUUUUGUGCGUUGCCUAUUGGAGGGAUCCUUUUCGCGAGCUUCAAGCCGUUCAGAACUACUACAUAUUGAAUUUAGGACUUGCAGAUCUCAUUAUGGGUGCCCUUUCGGAGCCUUUGCUGAUAGCCACAUACUGGACCACCAACAACAACAACAACAACAGCAACGUAAUUUUCUUCGUUCAUUACUUAUUUGCUAUCAUUUCCGCGUCUUGUUCCCUGUUGAACAUAAUGGCCCUCUCGAUCGUCCGCUAUUUUGCCGUCCAAAAGCCAUUUGAGAGUCAAAACAUCAUUAAUAAGAGGAACGUAAAAAUCAGCAUAGCCGUUAUUUGGGGCAUUGCAAUUCACUUUGCUCUUCUUCCUGUUGCGGGAUGGAGAGACAAAACAUUUCAGUUAUAUUUAUAUGGUUUAGGAUGUAUCGUACCCACUGUUGUCUUCACGGNAGUCAAAACAUCAUUAAUAAGAGGAACGUAAAAAUCAGCAUAGCCGUUAUUUGGGGCAUUGCAAUUCACUUUGCUCUUCUUCCUGUUGCGGGAUGGAGAGACAAAACAUUUCAGUUAUAUUUAUAUGGUUUAGGAUGUAUCGUACCCACUGUUGUCUUCACGGCUUCAUAUUUCAUGUUCUACCGUGCAAUACGCAAACGCACAGCCAUGAUCCAACACAUCGGGACAGAGGAGAAAAGUCAACUUUUGAGAAACACAAUUCGUAUUGAGAAAAAAGCGACACGAACAGUCUCAAUGGUCCUUGUGGUUUUCUGGGUCUUAUGGAUCCCUUUUCUCAUUUGUGAUUUUGCUGUCGUUCAAUGUCCAAACUGCAGAAGCUCCGCAUCUCACCUCGUUCGCGACAUUACUCUCUCUUUAGUUUACUUCAGUAGCGGAAUAAAUCCACUGAUCUAUGCGUGGCGAAUAAAGGCAUACAGAAGAGCUUUUCUGCGCGUCUUG